GACAGGCUCCUACAACAACUACUUCAGGAUGUUUGAUAGAGGCUUUAGACGAAACAUGACUCUUGAGGCUUCCAGAGAAAAUUGUAAACCCCAGACAGUCCUGAAAACUUGCACAGCUUGUCUGCGUGUCAUGUUGAUGAAUGCAAGAACUGGGUAGUCAACAUGUCCACUGCUGCUGCUCAGCAAAACAAUAACGAAGAGCCCGGCCUUCACGGCUCUUGGGUAGAGUUGGAGCUGAAUGGGAACACUGGAACACGGAGUCCUCAAAGUAACCUUCUCAUGCCACCCGCUGCAGACCAAAUAAAUGCAAAUGCUGGUUUGGGAGAUGUGCUAGAGAACGAGUCUCUUAUAGGAGGGUUAGAGCAUGUGCCAUCAUCCUCGUCUAUCCACAAUGGAGAUAUGGAAAAGAUACUUCUUGAUGCACAGCAUGAAUCAAGUCCAAGUAACUCCUCCUGUCAAAGUCCUCACCGGCCACCAAGUCCAGAACAAGAUGAAGGUCAAAUUAUGUUUGAUGUUGAGAUGUCAAGUCCAGCAGAUUGUCAGUCUGAAGAAGAUGCUCAAGAGAAGGAUGAAAAUGAAGACAUUCAGCCUACAAAAGAAGCUGACUGGGUUGCUGAUUGGUCUAGCAGACCAGAAAACAUACCUCCAAAAGAGUUUCACUUUAGACACCCCAGACGCUCAGUAUCUCUCAGUAUGAGAAAAAGUGGUGUCAUGAAGAAAGGUGGUGUUUUCUCCGCUGAGUUCCUCAAAGUUGUCAUUCCCUCUUUGCUCCUCUCACAUAUUCUUGCUCUUGGCAUUGGGGUGUACAUUGGGAAAAGAAUUGCCACUGCCCCCACCAGCACAUACUGAGUAGAUCCCUAAGUAGUGCCUGGAUGUCCUGCUUCAAGUUUGUCCAUUACUCUUCUAUAGUGAAGCUGUGUCUCUGUUUUAUUGUGUCAUCAUUGUGUCUCUGGUUGGACUUCACAAUGCAUCACAUCAUGUACUAGUUAUGUGUAUUUCCUAUCAUAGUUGCACUCCUCUAUACUUGCACACCCAGUACUGUAAUUCCAACCAAAUUUAAUCUUGCAGGUCAUUUUAGCCAGAAAAUAUUAAAUUAAGUAUCUAACUCUGAAUGAAAAUAACCAAAAAGCUGUACAAAAACAAACUUAUUUCCAGAAUUUUUAGUUGCCUUAAGACAUUAGAUACAUGAGUUUUAUUUUGUAUUUUGUAAAUUUUUGUGUAGAGAUUAGACUUCAUUUGUGGGUUUAAAAUACUGUACAUAGUCUGGUGCCAAAUUUAAUAAGAGCCUUCUUUAUAUUUCUUUUUUCCUACAUAUCUUCUCGUGGGCACCAACACCUACUCUUUACUACACAUUGGUGGUCUUUUAUUAGUUGUUUGAAAUCUUUAUUAUAUAAUUUAACUACACUACCUAGAUGUGACAAUAAUAAGCUGUGAUCUGCCCCUUGUCAUGACCACAUUUGCAACACUGCUAUGACAUGUGCUAAUGUUUGAGGCUUACAAGGAGUUUUUGUUAUGCAAUAAUUUAAAACCAUGCAGUAAAAUAUAUUUUACAGAUAGUUAUAAGUUACUGCAAGGCAUCAAGUGUGCAUCAAGUGUGCAUGUGCUGAACUGGAUUCUGAAUGAUGCUUUUUAAUGAAUGUGUAUGAAAAGACAGUGACCAUGCAAUUUGAGCUCACUGUAUUUGAGGCAUUAAUUGGAAAGCAAUGUGUAAAAUGUAUAACAAAGUAGUUUAAAUAAGCUUUAGUUGUCUAUUGUGUGAACAGUGCAAUAUAUUUGUAAAUAGAAAGCUUGUUGUAACUGUGUCUCAAUUAAUAAAUGCCAAAAUAACCUUUAUCUGUUUGAAUAUAUGUUAAUAAAUGGAUAUGUGGAUUAAUUUA